UUGGCAUAAGAGGCUUUGCCUUAACCCGCUUGGCUCCGGGCCAACCGCCUGACCAUAGGACGAGGAAAUCAGGACCCCCACACAGACAAAAAAAUUAAUCAAGAGGCAGCACCUGCAAAGAUAAAGAUGUGGUGCAGGGUGGAUGCCGAAAAAAAACUGUGAGAAAGACUGUUACAGUUUUGUAGGAAGUGGCGUCACGGAGAAUUACGAGUUUGAGCAGCAGCACUGGUUAACUGACAUUCAUUUGACAAAACUCGGUUUCUUUGUUCUCUUUAAUACAGAAUCGUUUCCUUCGUCCUGGUUUGUUUCAUAUGUUUCGGAAUACUCUUUCUGACCACAUUUAAGGUUGACCUGUUACUGUACCUCUACUGCAAGGCGCUUUAAGACAUCUUCGCACGAAAGGCGCUGUUUAAAACAAAACUAUCCUUAAUCACUAGAACAUCAUUCUGAUUGUUCUGGCUUCGGUUUCUCUGCGACCCUGUAUUGGGGAAAAAGCGGACUUGAGAAGGGGAAGAGAAGAGGAGGCUGUGACGCCCAUAUUUUUUCCCGUCUUUGUUUUGUGAAGAUAUCCAGAGAAACAGUAUGUCUGGCUGGGGUUGUUUCUGCGACGCGGCUGUCCUGCAGAACGGGCUGGUUCUGAUCCUGACUGUGCUGGUUGUCAACGUAGCAGGUCAAUGCAGUAAUCCUCCAAGUGUACAGCAUGCUGUUCUAAAUGACCAGUCUCAAUUAUUAAAUGAUUUCCCAGAGGGAACUACUGUUACGUAUGAAUGUAACCCAGGAUAUAGAAGAGCGAGUGGAUCUCCAUCAAUCUCCUGCAGUAACGGCCAGUGGAGUCAACCGACAUUAACAUGUGAAAAAAAGUCCUGUGGUUCUCCUGGAGAGAUACUGAAUGGAAAAUAUGAUCUGUCUGAAGGUAUCCUGUUCGGUGCCAAAGCUAGAGUCAUCUGUGAUGAAGGGUACCAGUUGGUGGGCAGAGAAAGACUUUGCUUCGCUAAUGGCUGGAGUUCGAACGUUCCUCUUUGUGAGGUUGUCAAGUGUGAAGAACCUCCUGACAUUGGGAACGGGACGCAUACUUAUUAUGGUGGAAGUGUUCCGUAUGGGAGUGCAUUCAGAUACACUUGUAAUAAGGGCUUCACUUUGAUUGGAGAAGAAGAGAUUGUAUGUGGUAGAGAUGGGAAUUAUAACCCACCACCUCCUCAGUGUAAAGUUGUUUCAUGCCCUGAUGUAUCCAUUACAAAUGGCAAAAAAGUAUCAGGACGACUGCCACCCUAUGGAUACAAAAGUUUUAUUACCUUUGAAUGUGAUUCUGGCCACAAAGUGAAUGGCACCUUGACCAUUACCUGUGGAGUCAAUGGCUGGUCCUCUGAACCUCCAACAUGUUACAGAGUUGCUGCUCCUACCACAACGACGCCAACCCGGUCCACAUCAACAGAAUCCGGAGUCUCUUCAACUACAAGACCAAUUACUGUAACAACGAGCAGAGGAACAUCUCCCAUCAUAAAAAAUACUGAUAAUGAUCUAGAAGAUCAACGAAACAAGGCAUGGGCAAUUGGUUUGUCUGUUGGUGGCUGUCUGAUUGCACUUGUAUUGUUAGCAGGGGGCUUUUUAUGCUGGCGUCACAAAAAGAAGGAAGGCUAUUACCACACAUCGGAAAAACAGCAAGAAGAUCAAUAUUGAAGAGUUUCAAAAAAUAAUAAUUUCAGAUUCUUGAUCAGCACAAAGUGUUCUGUGUAUUAGUGUGGUGCUGAUUCUAUGAAAGAAGAUUCCCGUUUGUACAGAACAUGCAGACGACACGAUUGCAUCUGAGAAUGUAGAUCUUAUUUUCUUUCUAUUGAAGUUGUAAUAUAGUGGUUUCAUUGGGGUUGGCAGUCAAAUCAAGAAUAGGGCAUUAAGUACCACUGCUCCCUAUAAUAAAAAAUGACAAAAAUUCAAGCACUUAUACGUCACAGCUUUCUAGACACCUCAUUUUCUACACUAAUUUGGUUCACAAGUUGUGCAUUUUAGACCACAGUUAACCUGAUUAAAUGUUUAGCACCAGGACAUAAGAUAUAUUUGGAUUAUUUAGCAAAAUGUUACAACAGUAUAUAUUCAAAUCUGAAUAUGUAUGUGAACUCUAAGAUUCAGUAACUGAUGAUUUUGUAAGGAAAAACAGGCCAAUACUCUUUACGUUGAUGUGAGGGAAAUUAGAAAACAUCUAGUUGAAGUGAUUGCUGCAAAAGGAGGAGCCAUCGUUUCCUGGAUUUAAGGUUCACUUACUUCUUCCCCUGAGGAAAUAUACUGUUUGAUUGUUAUUAGUCAGUCCGAUUAAUUUAAUGUAUUUUCACACGUCUAUUAAGGUUACAGUAUGUUAAUCUUUUAUUUAGGCAUAGACGAAUAUUGACCAAUACUGGGGGGUUCUCAGUCUGUUUCUUGGCACCUUACUGUAUAUGAGAGGGGAAUGACUUUAAUUUGAUCACAUUACUUCACAACGUAAAUUUUGUGACACCAGAAUAUUUGAGCUUUUAGAACAAGGGUAUUUAUUUCUGAUUAUGCUAUGCUUUUAAAAUAAUCUGGCGUUAAUAAACUAUUUUUAAUUUCGAUUUUUUCUUUGAAAGCUUGUGCAGUCUAUCCAAAGCUGAGAAGCUAAAUUUUGAAUUCUGUUCAUAUAAGGAGUUGAGGAUUCUAGUGCAUUAACUGUUGAUAGAGUGUUUUGUACUUGAGACCAAAAUGUGACUUCAAUACUCUCUGGCAAAGGAGAUGAUUAAAUCCAUACUGUAGCCACUUCAUAUGUAGUAUUUAGAUUUCAGAGUCAGAAUUCAAUAAUUCAUAUACAUUUAAAUUCCGUCCUGUCCUUUCAGUGGCACUUUAGUGUUCAUGACUAAAAAAGCUUGUUGCAUCAAGGGUGUGUUACAAUUCCUGUUGCUCAUUUUAAUCCUGUUCACAUUUAUCCCCUAUGUCAAGCAGAGAGGUUUCUUGUUUCUUUGAUAUCUGAGAAAUUGAAAUUGAUCCAAUUGUAAAACUUCUGUUUCUGUUAAUACCCCCCCCUUCUGGAAAUUAGCUGCUACAAAGAGAGGGAGGUUUUUCCAUUUAUGAAGUCAGCAGUUUCACUCUGUCAUCCCACCUUCAAAGGAGGGGAAAAAAAUGAAACCCUUUAUGUAACCCAUUUAUUAUACUUUGAGAGAGUAAACAAAAUUGCACUAUUAAAAAAAAAUUCCAAGGUGGUACAUUUGUUUCAGUGAGUCUGGGCUUGAUUGUUAUUGCUUGAUUGUAGUGGUGGAACUUUAAAUGUGUUUUUUCACGCACACUGUUGCCUUAUAGAGCAGAAUUCUGUUGACUGUGGUUGACAUACUUAGCAAUAGCUGACGCCAGAAGACCUCCACUGUUUCUUCUGUAACUUCAACCAUGUUUUAAGUGUUUGUGCUGUACAAAUUAUUCAGCAUUUUUUUUCUUUAUUGUUGACCAGGAUGUUUGGUAGUUGGAUGAUGUAGUUAUAGAAUCAGAUAGCGUUACGUUAAAAACUGUUAAGUAAAAUAAAUCCUCAUUGGAAGCAUGGAUUGAAAUUCGCUUCCGAUAUUGAUUUUUCAAUGUAGGGUAAGUAAGCUACAGUAAGUAGCUUGGUAUACUAUUCAUGGUACCUUUGCUUAAAAUACAUUGAAGGAAAACAUUUAAGGGUUUCAGGGGUAUAAGAUAAAAAAUAUUAUAUGAGGAAACUUACUUAUUACACUUUCUCUGAGGUAAUGGUUCAUCAUUUGUAUCUCAAAACAUUUUACUCUGAGUUGUUUUUUUCCCUCAAUUUCCUACUUCAAUCUUGACUGUCAAGUAAAAAUAAAUACAUUUCUGAAUACUUCUGCAGUCACUGAAACCCAAAUCCAUUCAUCUUUAGCUUGAGAGUAAGUGAAAUAGUAAGUGAAGUUUUUUACCUUUAUGUAUCUCAUGGUCAGGGAGGUGUCCUUUUACAGUUAAAAGUGUUGCCUGAUGCACAAUAGUUGAUCUGGCCUUGGGUUUUGUGUAUUAGGCUUGGGCAGAAUGCAAAGAGAAUUCUAACUUGUCAUUCAGAAGCUUACAGGUAAAUAGCCUUCAAGCUGUUCCACAUUACCCUGAUUGUAGGUGAUUAAGGUUUUGUUAGUGCACUUCCAGACUGCUGUUUUACUACUGUGGUCCUAAAUUAUAUUGGAAUAAUUUCCUUUUUUUACCAGGAAGAUAAAGAAAAGUUAUAGCAAAGAUUGUGGUUCUUUUUAAUUGGGACUGUAUGAAUUGUGGCAUAAUCCAAUAAAUUUCCUAUGAGCUGUGUUUUGAUAGAUUUAGGAAAGGCUUACACUUAUUUUUUUAAACGUUUAUAUUAUUUUGCCUCGGUAUUUUGUAUAUAUGAAGUGUGAGAUAAGUACUUAUUUAUGACAUUAGAAUACUUUGUUGACCAAAACGUUUCUUUGUGGAAAAUUGACUCAUUCAUUAGAGCAUCUUAACUAUCAUUUGUUAGGAUAAAGUGAAUGUUCAGUAACCUUAGUAUUACCAUUGACAUAUUUAACAAGCAAUAUUUACUAUACAGAUAAAGAUUAUAAGUAACAUCUAGAUGAUAUAGGAUGCUAAUACUUGCCUGGCCUUGAAAAUAAAGGAAGGUGUUAAUAUACAGAACGUAAUCACUACACCUUUUUUGUGUAAUGCUGUGGGAAAAAUUGGACUUUCUCUUUUUGAAAGACGCGGAGACCUGUGUGUACUGUUGAGUUUUAAGUUGGCUCUGACAGUGGAAGGCAUAUAAAACAAAAACAUGUGUCUUGGCCUUUAGCAUCCUGCAGCUGUUAAAGAGAAAUAUGAAACAGUACAAGUAAAGCAGGUUAACAAAGCAGGUUAACAAAAAAAAACACCCUUUUACUGCUGAAUCAUGAAAUUCUACCAGAAGAAAUAUUACCAUAACCCUCAAAUGCUUUCCUUACAUUCAGAUAUUUUGUCUUGGGUUGAUCUGUAUGUAUUAGCAUUACAAUACUGAAUCUGCAAGACUGCUAAUAAAGUCAGAGGACAAGUUAAUUUUGUGAAAAUGAAUGAAAUUGAAAAGUUCAUGUGUUUUUGUGGCUGUGAAUAUUUUGAAACAGAUUUUUAGAAUUCUACAAAUUAUUUAUGUGAAGGGUUGUCUUAAGCAGCUGAAAAUCCACUAUCUCUGUUCCAGUUCUACUCAUCGAUACAGUAUAUCUAUAAUACUAGACCUACUGCUCGGAAUCUAAAAUAAAAAAAUAUUUCAGUUCUCAUGUAACUCUACAUCUGGUUUCUUAUUUCUGUGAGUCUUGGGGUGGGUGGAAAGGCAGGAAUAAUGCACUUUUAGCUUUCCAAUGAAUCUCAUAUUGUAAUUCAGUUUGUGUUUCAAGCUUUAAUAAAAAGCUUUAAAGAAUA